AUGCUUGGAAGUCAGAAAAAGAUGGAUCAAGUUAAUCCAUUCAAAGAAAAAAUAGUACAUUUCGAUUUAAAAGGCGCACCUCCAACUUUGAAAUAUUAUGAGGAAAUAUUUCCUUUAUUGAAACAAAUGAGGGUAGAUGCGAUAUUAAUGGAAUAUGAAGAUAUGUUUCCGUAUUGGGAUGAGCUUAGUGUGCUAAAACGAGCAACAAAUUAUGAUGAUGAUAUUAUAAAAGCUAUUUUAGAGUUAGCAUCGAAUAAUAGUUUGGAAGUUAUUCCACUUGUGCAAACUUUUGGUCAUAUGGAAUUUGUUCUCAAACAUUCAAAAUAUUCAAUGUAUCGUGAAGAUAUGCUAAAACAUGAUACAAUAUGUCCAUCAGAUGAAGGUUCUCAUCAUUUAAUUACUGAAAUGCUCAAACAGAUACGGAUCAUGCAUCCUAAUGCAAAACGAGUACAUAUAGGUGCUGAUGAAGCAUAUACUAUCGGUAAAGAUAUUCGAUGUAUAAAUCGACUUACAGGUAAUUUAAAUUCUUCGCUGGAUCGCCUAAAAUUGGAUCAUAUUAGCAGGGUAGCAAAAUAUGCUCGAAGUGAAUUGCAAUUUACGGAAGUGCUAGUAUGGAAUGAUAUGUUCGGUGAUAUUGAUGUUGAUUUGUUGAAAAAAUACCAAAUGGAUGAACUGAUUGUUCCGGUUAUUUGGGGUUAUGCUGUUAAUGUUACUAGAUUGAAUUACUUCCCAAGAAAUAUGUUUAAGAGAUACUCUCAGGUUUUUUCAAAAAUGAUGUUUGCAAGUGCAUUCAAAGGUGCAAAUGGACAAAAUGAAUUAUUUUGUUACAUUAAACGAUAUCUUGCCAAUCAGCGAUCAUAUGUGGAGUUGUAUAAGAAACAAAAAAAGUAUUUGCAUGGCAAAAUUUCGGGUAUAAUUUUAACCGGUUGGCAACGAUAUAGUCAUUACAGCCCAUUAUGUGAAAUUUUACCGGUUUCAAUCCCAUCAUUGAUCGUUGAUCUUGUUUAUUUAAAUAAUAUCGAAUUGAGUAAAGAUGAAAUAAUAGAGAAAGCAAAAAAUAUACUUAAUUGUCGAAAUACUAUUGCAAAGAGCUCAGAGAAAAGUAUCAUAGCAGCAAUAACGGAUUCGAUAAAUAGGACUAAUAAGAUUUCACUGGAGAUGAUGUUCAGGAAUUGCUCAUUUCCAGGAAGUAAAAUUUAUGAUGAGGUGGCAAAUCUUCAAUGGUACAUAACGACAAGAAAACAGUCACCCUCAUAUCUUCAAAACACAUGUGAAAAUAUUGGUGCCUUACUUCGUCCAUAUUUUUAUGAGGAAUCAGUUAAUGAAAUAGUACAAGAACAGCUACUUAAAUACUUUAAUAGAACUAGUAAGUGUUUAUAA